AUGUCCGGCUCUCAAUCUGAACGUAAGAAAAUCAUCAUUCGCAAAGAACCAGAGCUUCAGCUCGUCCAGGAGGACCCAAAGAGCGCCGCCGAGGAACAAAUGCCCGGACCCACCAACCGCAACCCUGAUUCAGCUGCGACGGUUCAGACGGAUGACCUCCGACCAGACGGACCUCCCGUACCCCAGCUAUCGCAAGAACUACGUGAUAUAAUUAUCGACUCUAUCCCGGAUAGGCAGGACCUUCUUGCCUGUUGUCUGGCCAGCUGGGCGUUCCUCCACCGCUGUCGAAUGCAUCUGUACCGUCGUCUCCGCCUCAAGCCAUUGACCAACUUAGACUCUUUCAAGAAGGCUUACACGCCUGGCUGUCUGCUUCCAUACGUUCGAGAGGUUGAGAUCCUCGGUUGCUUGACCCCCGAUGCAUAUCCCGGCGAUGACGCAAACUCCGGUCUCAACGACGAAGGGGAGCCAGAUCAUCGCUGGAUGGAUGCGAUCGUCCCCUUUCUCACAACAGUUGACCCCGCCCUGAUCGAAUGGCUUGAUCUGCGGGACCUGAGUUGGGGGGACAUCGCGCCAGCCACUCGUGUCUUUCUCCUGACACACUUCAUGGGCGCACGGCGCCUGACCUUGAGCGCCAUUGACUUCUGGAACUCAAACCAGAUGUUCCGCACGCUGAACGCCUUCCCAAACAUCGAUGGACUCAGCAUGGAGACCCUAUCAUGGCAUCGCGCGAACCACGCACGCAAGCAGCUCGAGUGCACCGCGAAUCUUCACUUGCGCUACCUGCACAUUGGCCAGACGGAGUUCGCGCGCUAUGGGCCGUUCGUCCAAUGGCUCUUCGGUCGGCGCGACGUCGUGACCGUGGACAAGGCGUUCAUCGUGUGGGAAGACACGGAGAUCACGAGUCUUAUCACUUUACUUCGACGCCUCGCGCCGUCGCUCAAGAGCCUCAUAUAUCAACAAUGUAUGGUUAUGCCUGGAUCAGAGGUUGUCCAAGCACGCCUUGAAGCGGCAGCUGCAGCUGCAGCUGCCCAAGCUCCUGCGCCUGCCGCCCAGGCGCAAGUACAAGUUCAACCGGCUGCCCCUGUGCCCGCUGUAAACGUACAAGCAACACCGCCUCAAGAUGCACAGGCGCCACAGCCAAUGGAAGUCGAAAACGAGCCACAGCAGGCUCCAGUUGACAAUGACGAUGACGCUGCGGAAGCGGGUGAUCCGAUGGACGUGGACGCGGGCGACGACGAAGGAGAUGACGAUGAAAACGACGACGACGACGACGCGGAGGAGGGCGGACACACGACCGGGCCUCCUAUCGAGUUGGUCGAUGACGAGAGAGAAGAAGAGGCUGUCAUCGAGGAGUUCAUCACCGAGAAUCUCAGGUUUCCACGGGAGAGAGAUGCUCUCCAAUAUGGCAUGGACUUGCUAAGAGCGUUGCCUAUCGAAGGGAGCAGCGUGGAGCGUUUGAACGCGCGCAUCGCAUGGUCCUCGCUGGCUGUAUUUGGGAUCAUGUUGGUGAGCCAGAUGUUCACGGUCGAUACCAGAUCGUUCAGCCUCCUUCUGGUCCUGCCUCCAAUGACACAAUGGGAAAGGAUCGACUGGAUAUCCAUCGACUCUUUGCUUGACGAUGUUGCACAACGAGCGGCAAAAGACGCAGUGCUCGAACUGUCGUUUCUAGGUGCAUUUACGCGACGAGAGGAAGACCUACCCCGCAUACGCGCCAUUCUUACUGUCAAAUUGCCACUGCUGUUAGCUCGCAAACGUUGGACCCCCAGAUAUGACAGGAGCAGUUUGUAA